GGCAAGUUCGUAUAGCGCAGAAUCGCCCGGGAGCUAUCCAUGUUGUUUAUGCGUGCUUUAGCGCGUCUAAAAUAGCCCUUACCGCUAGGGCAGUUCAUGGGAUGUAUUGGCCUAUCAUCCUGUGGACCGCACAAUCCGGUAGCUGUUUUGGUCCUUCUAUAGGUUCCCGGAAUCGGAUUAGAUCCCUAGAAUCCUGAUGGGAAUGAGAAACCCCUUGGAUAGCCCUUCUCAUGUUCAGAAUCUGUCGUUUUUGCAUUUUCGUGCUAAAGCUCCUCGUUAGCUUGCACUUUUCGAUCACGGGGACAAGCUCUAGUGCCGCGUCAAAUGUCACCUGUUUACCUUCGUAUAACUGGACCCACAAUGACUGUGAUCAAACGCCUUGUGAGGUCGCUGCUUGGCUUAUUUCCCAAUGUACCGACCAACAGAACACACACUACUUAGGGCCAACGUCUCCGCAAGAUACCAACGAAUGCGAAUGCAGUUCUGUUGUUUAUUCUCUUGUAUCUGCCUGUGCAGUAUGCCAGGAGAGGAAUUAUCUAUCAUGGGAUGCGUGGAAAGCGAACUGCUCUUCGGUCUAUUACUCUAUUUUUCCUAAAAACAUACCAAUCCAGACGACGGUUCCCGUAUGGGCAUAUGCCAACUAUUCAGACCUUGAUGAAUUCGAUGUUUUUACUGCUCAAAGUCUAGCAAGUGAAAAACAACCCGACUCGUCGUUUAUACCAGAGCCUACUACAUCAAAUAACCUUCAAGUACCUCAUCCGGCUAGUACCACAACGACAACUUCGAGUUCGACAACGACAACACCUACGGUUAUGACAACGUCUGCCGAUUCGCCUAGCCCCACGACAAACGAGAAGAACGUCGAAUCGGCAGCACGAAGCCGUACGAUCGGUAUUGUUAUCUGGGUUAUCGUGGGACUUGUGGCAAUCCUAGGAUUAAGCAUUUUGUCCGUCUAUCUCACGAGACGGUGGCGAAGAUAUCAAGAGAGGAAGCUCCUCACCCCGCGGUAUCACGCCGUGCAUUCUCGGGAAAAUUCUCAGCCUGAAGAGAUGAAAGAACUCGUGCGUACCACCGCAAGCUCAAGAAUAUCCAUUCCCAGCAUGAUUCCUUAUGUAUUCUUUUUACUGUGACACUUUGUGCACUUACCUACAAUGUUUCUGUUCCUAGCCUCCGAGCGACGCUGGUUCUGUAUUACAGCUGUCGCCUGCGGUGGAAUCAUCUACCUUUUAUACUUCACUUGAGGAGGGAGAUGUGACA